GGCCACACAGCCCUCCACCUCUCCACGGCAUUCAUCCUCUCCAGCAGGGAAGUAGCCAUGGAGACUCUCGCCCUAGCAGCGGCAACAAUGUCCACAACACACGACACCAACCCACCGACCCCAAAACACCCCCAUUCCCAACAAACAACCUACCACUCGACCUCCUUCCAAGAGAUCCUCACCACCGCCCACAAAGACAAGCGCUUCUCCUCCCUCACCCCCACAAACGACGAGGACGCAGAAUCUAUCCUCCUAUAUCACUACUACGCUUGGACUCUCGAUCCCCAAAACGCAGACGCUCAGCUCCGCGAAGCGCUCGAGGUAGCCGCUUCUCUCGCUGCGUCUGGCCCGAGCCCAUCAUCGCCCGACACCCCAUCCCUUCUCAACAUCCUCGCCGCCGCCCACGCAGUCCGCGUCCUCAUUCCCCUCAUCCCGGGCCGCUUCCACGAGCCCCUCCUCCGCCAGUGGUGGCUGCUCACGCUGCGGGUCUACGUCGCGCAGGGGCGUCCGCCUCUGUCGAGCCGAGCCCAACCGCAAGAGGAGGAGCAUGACCUGGACGGUCGCAACUGGGGGUGGGUUUCUGCGCAAUGUGUGCAGGGCCCCCGUGUAGACGCGCUCUCCGCGCAGAGUGUCCUUGCGCUCAAGGAGGCGGCGGGGACUUGGGGGGAUGCUGACGGACUCUAUUUGAGGGCUGCGGUGCGGGUUGUGGAGGGGUUGGCGGCGUAGGUCUGUGAUGGUUUCAACCUAUAUUUGCAUACUAUAUUUAAUUUUGGUAGUCUACUAUAUCUGCGUGUAAUUGUGAAUGUGAAUAUAGUGUAGUUGAAUAGAUCGAUCUGAUAAAGUUAUUGCCUGAGGCAUUAAUAUAUCAAU